CACUUAAAGCAAAAAUAAAAAGGAAUAAUAGGCAUACUUACUUUAUUGAAAACUAGAAAAAUAAUUAUUACAUGAGAUUUGGAUUAUCUAUCUCAAGAAAGAGUAGAAAUUUAAUUUGUAAGGAAAAAACAACACUCUUACGUUACUAUCCUAGAAUCAAUGGCCGUCAACUACACUCUGGUGGAUGCGUUCACAGAGUCAGCCUUCAAGGGAAACCCAGCAGCUGUUUGCUUGCUAGACGAGGACAGAGACGAUCAAUGGUUACAAUCGGUGGCAGCCGAGUUCAAUAUCUCCGAGACUAGUUAUCUGACUCGGCUGCCCAGUGAGUCGAACUCUGAUGGGUCUUCAACUCCAAGGUUCCGUCUUAGAUGGUUCACUCCCGUUGUUGAGGUUACUCUUUGCGGUCACGCAACAUUAGCAGCCGCGCAUACACUAUUUUCUUCUGGGAAAAUUGAUUAUGAUGUUAUUGAGUUUGUCACCUUGUCGGGAAUUCUAACAGCCAAGAAAGUGGCUCAAAACAACAAGGCCUCUGAUGGUGUAGCACACAAAGGCUUCUUUAUUGAAUUGAACUUUCCAAGCGAUCCAAUUGCCAUAUUCAAUUCCGUCGAGGUUUCAAUGAUAUCUAAUGCCUUGGGUGGUGCUUCAGUUAUUUAUCUAGGAAGAACAACUACUUUGGAUUAUCUCAUUGUUGUGGUCCCAUCAGCAAAAGAUGUUAUAGAUCUUCAACCAAACUUUGAUGCCAUUGGAAAGUUUCCCGGAAACGGAAUGAUAGUGACAGGGAUAGCUCCUUCUGAGUCUGAAUCUGACUUUUACAGUAGGUGCUUCUUCCCACAAUAUGGGAUCAAUGAGGAUCCUGUUACAGGGAGUGCACAUUGUUCCUUGGCAUCAUACUGGAGUAAAGAGCUGGGAAAGUGUGAUUUUGUUGCAUACCAGGCAUCACCAAGAGGAGGGGCGUUGAAUAUUCAUUUGGAUGAACAUAACCAAAGAGUGUUUUUGCAAGGAAAAGCCAUUACAGUAAUGGAAGGAAUACUUUUAGCUUAACUAUUUUAAAAUUUUUAUAAGGGUAAAUAUUAUUUUGAACUUGUAUUUUGCAAAAGUUAUCAAUAGAACUAUUAUUUAUUGUUAAAUGAUAAAUUAAACUCUCUUUUCUAAACAAUAUAAAAUAAUAGUUGAAAUUAAUUUUUGUUAAACUUAGUUUGUUUUGAACAUGGGCGGCUCUUAUGGGGUGCUGGGCUAUUGCACAGGCCCCAAAAAAUAAAGGGCCUAAUAUAUUUUUUUAAUGCUCUUUAAUUUUUUUAGAGCAUUGCUAUUGGGCACCAGUAGUGUCUAGCACCCUUAAGACGUGUCGCCUUGCGAUUGGCUAGCGAUACUUUCUAAAAACUAUUAUAUUAAACUAUAUGGGACCCGAUACUUAAUUAGACCAAUAGCGAUAUUGUCACGUAGGAGAGUGCUUGGCACCAGUGGUGUCUUUUAGCAUUUCUCUUUUUUUUUUGUAAUGAAUCCAACUUUUUAAAGAGCUAACAACUUAUCAUUGAUUAUUUCUAUGUCAAUUUUCAAAAUUUAUUUUCAAUUCUAUUAUUGCUUUUAAGCAAAAAAAAAAUAAAAAUUCAUUGUUGCUAUUUUUUUUUUCAAACCUUUCAUAUUUUUUUCUAUCAUUUUUUUGUUGUAUUGCAAUCAAUAACAAUUUUUAUAAAUUAAUUAGAGUUUUUUGGUGUUUUGUAAAUUAUAGAACCAUAUGAUAAUAUUUGAAAAUAUUAUUUAUAAAUUACUUUUUUUUAUAGGGACCCAAUUUUUAAAAUAGAACAGGGCCUCCAAAAUAUUUAAGACGGCCCAUUCUCUAUUUUUUGGUUGAAAAUUUCUUCGUAAUU